ACCAAUUGCGCGAUUUCACAAUAAUGUCUGGAAAUCCUACUCAACAGGUCAAGGAUACUGUUUACGCUGCGGCUUCCACAACCGGUGAAUGGGCGCAGCAAAAUGUUGUAAACCCAAUCAAGACCUACGUUUCUGGAGAAAAGGGCAAUGAUGCUGAGCGAAUUGAGCCCAACAUACCAGAUGAAGAGAGCGAGAAGAUCGACCAUUUGGAGAAGGAGAAAAUCGCCGAAUUUCUUCAGGAAAGACACAAAAGCACUGCCCCCACGAAGCGGAGAUGACGGAUUAAACGGAGUCAGAUAAUUGGUUUUCACUGUUAAAUGUAUAAUAGGACACGACUUCAUGAGACAUGCAUGAGUUUAGCGUUAGUCUGGGAAAGAAUAUGCAUUUGAUGUUUUCUCUCC